AUGAAAGCCAAAUUUCUCGAUCCAAAUAACGGUCUACCUGCCAUCAUCAGAAACCAUAACUCAAUUCCAUGGGACAUCAGGCUCGAUUGUUCCGCAAUUCUAAAGCGAAUGGAGGAAGGAAACUUCCAUGUCGACCUUUCGCGUGGCAUUCUAACAAAGAGAACUUUUAGAGAAAACGGAAAAAGCUCAGUCUCUCGAGUUCUUGAUAAAAACUACCCUUUCAAGCAGUCUGCCUUUGUUGUUGGAGAUAGCCACCUACGCAAUGGCCAGUGGUUUCCUUGGCAAAUUUGCGCUUUACGCGAUGGUGCACAUGGAGACAUUGAAGGCGGAAUUUCUGGAAAUAAAUUAACUGGUGCCGUCUCCAUUGUUCUCAGUUCCUCCGGUGGAGGUGGAAACCAGAUGUAUGCCGAUGUUGACCAGGGAGACACAGUAUGGUACUGUGGAACUAGAGGCAAGAAUGGAGAAGUCUCUGCAAACACAGCUCUGCUUCUCCAGGCUGCCAAUAGGAAGAGUGACGUCCGUGUUCUUCGAAGCUCCAAGCUUCCCAAGGUGAACCCCUACAGACCCUCUGAAGGAAUGAGGUAUGAUGGUCUGUACAAAAUCUGCAGCUACGAGAUUCUCGAUCAAGCGACUGCUCUGCACCGGUUCAAGCUUGAGCGUGUUAAAGGCCAAACUCCCAUUCGAUACAAGGGACCAGAAGUUCGCCCUACUGCCCGUGAAGUCGAAGAGUUGCGCAAAGCCUACAGACACAAUGCUGAAUCCAAGCCAGCGAAGGAACCAAAGAUGAAGCAGCCUGCUGCUGCACCAGUGGUUGAACAGAAGGCAUAA